UUUCGGCUAUUCGCGGUUUUCGCUAAUCGCUUUACGAUGGUGGACACGAAAGGUGCGUUCCGUAUCGUGCAUAAUAUGCAUGAUGCAUCCUUUGGCCUUGUUUAACAUUUGCUGCACAACAAGGAAAAUGACGCAUUAUGCCUAUCAUGCGAGAAACGGAACGUACCUAAAAGCUCAAAUGCUUGAGAAGAAGGCUGCAGCUGCUCCAGCUGCAACAAAAUGUUUCCAUGAGCAUCGUCGUUACUUGAGACCUACUCUGACACCAGGAACAAUCUGUAUCCUGUUGGCUGGUCCUCAUAAAGGAAAGAGAGUGGUAUAUCUGAAACAAUUAAAGAGUGGCUUACUUUUGAUUACUGGACCAUUCCUGAUAAAUGCCUGCCCUUUACGAAGAGUUAGUCAAAAUUAUGUGAUCGUUACCUCCUCGAAACUGAAUAUCAAAGGCACCAAAUUGCUUGGACACAUUAAUGAUGAUUAUUUCAAAAGAAAACAUGACAAGCGCGCCAAAAAGGAGGAAGGUGACAUCUUCAGUAAAAGGAAGGAAGAAUAUAAACCAAGCGACCAAAGAAAGGCUAAUCAAAAAAUCGUUGACAAAAUGGUAAUUGACGCUAUUAAGAAACAUCCAGAUAAGAAGUUGCUGUUCACAUAUCUGUCAGCAAUGUUUGGAUUACGAAGCAGUCAGUAUCUACACAGGAUGAAAUUUUAAUUCUGUGUGCUUAUAAUUCGAGGAAAUAAA